UUGGCGGAUAGUGGAAACCAGAAAGUCGAUAUGACAGACUUCGACAUACUGAAAAUCCUUGGCACUGGAGCUUACGGGACAGUCUACCUGGUGCGAAAAAGAAUGGGUGCGGACUGCGGUCAACUUUACGCCAUGAAGUUAUUGAAAAAGGCUUCCAUCGUGCAGAAGAAGAAGACGACAGAGCACACGAAGACCGAGAGGCAGAUCCUGGAGGCCAUCCGAGACAGUCCCUUUUUAAUAACUCUGUACUACGCGUUUCAGACUAAUGAAAUGCUCUGUUUAAUCUUAGAUUAUGUUCCUGGUGGUGAGAUGUUUACGCAUCUGUAUAACACUCAAUUUGCGGAGAGGGAAGUACGAAUUUACGUCGGCGAAAUUGUUUUGGCGCUAGAACGUCUCCACGAGCUUGGCAUAAUCUAUCGAGACAUCAAGCUCGAAAAUAUUCUGCUGGAUAGAGAUGGGCAUCUCGUAUUGACGCAUUUCGGUCUCAGCAAGGAAUUUUUGCCGCACGAGAGGAACGGCAACGCGCGCACUUACUCAUUUUGCGGAACCAUCGAAUACAUGGCCCCGGAAGUGGUGCAAGGGGGUUCCAGCGGCCACGAUAUUGCUGUCGACUGGUGGAGCGUGGGUGUGCUAACAUUUGAAUUACUGACCGGCACGUCGCCUUUCUUCAAGGAUGGCUACAACACCCAGCAGGAGAUCUCGAAGAGGAUCCUGAAGGACGACCCACCGCCGAAGCCGAGUAACCUGAGCGACACCGUGUGGGACUUCAUCACCCGCUUGCUCGUCAAGGAUCCGCGACAGAGGCUGGGCGGCGGGCCACGUGACGCGAAGGAGCUCAAAGAGCAUCCGUUUUUCAUGGACGCCGCGCCGGAUUUCACCUGGGAGGCUCUGGAAAAUAAGCGGAUCAAACCGCCCAUCGUACCGUUCCGGUGAUCAAGCACGAAUUGGACAUUAGCAACUUCUCCGACGAAUUCACGAACAUGAACGUCGCCGAGAGCCUGGCGCGACUCAUCAACGCCAACAACAUUAUCGAGAAGGAUUUUAGGGUAAAUUCUCGUACGUCCUGCUUCCGUUCUAUCGAAGAUGAAAGUUUGACAAUUGCUAGUUAUUAUAGAGAGCUAAUUGUAAGAUUUAGAUAUG